CUCGCCAACGCAACCGCCAUGAACGCCACAAUGCGCGCCGUCGUCUGGCAAGGAAACCCCUACAGCGUCAGCGUCGUCGACCUCCCCAAGCCAACCAUCGUCAACCAAACCGACGCCAUCGUCCAAAUAUCGCGAGCAGCUAUUUGCGGCUCUGACCUGCACAUCUACCGGGGGACGAACGAGGGGAUGCCAGCUCCAUUUGGUCUUGGCCAUGAGGGUGUUGGAUAUGUGUCUGAGGUUGGGGAUGGGGUUAGCUCGUUUAAUGUUGGAGAUCCGGUUAUUGUUCCGUUUACUGUUGAUGAGGGACAUUUGCAUACUGGACUUACGACGCAGAUGUAUGGGGGGUAUGGGAAUGGGGGUGAUAUGGGUGGGACGCAGGCUGAGUAUUUGCGUGUCCCAUUCGCAGACAAUGGCUUGAUCCCAAUCCCUUCUCUCGAAUACACCAACUCGACCACAAAUGAGUCGGUCUCCCUCCUCAACGACUAUGUCAUGCUCUCCGACAUCUUCGCCACCGGCUGGACUUCCCUUGAUUAUUCCGGCUUCCAAGCCGGUGACACAGUUGCAGUCUUUGGAGCCGGCCCCGUCGGUCUGAUGGCUGCGUAUGCAGCCAUCCUGCGCGGUGCAUCAGCCGUCUACGGUGUCGACUAUGUUCCCAACCGCCUGCAACUCGUCGAAUCUAUCGGAGCAAUCCCAAUCAAUUUCCGAGAUGCAGACCCCGUACAGCAAAUCCUCGCACUCGAACCGAAUGGCGUUACCCGCAGCGUUGAUGCAGUCGGAUACGAGCAAGUCAACCGGAACCUAACCGUUCAGUCAGAUGUCAUUAUCCGGAACAUGUUAGCCGUAACUUCUACCGGAGGCGGCUUGGGUACUGUGGGUGUUUAUAACCGUGAAUCGAAUAGUACGGCGACGGCACCGCGUGCUUCAACUGUGAAUACUCAUGUGGAUUUUUCUCUUGCGGAUUUCUUUUUUGGGGAGCUCACUUGGGGCGCUGGGCCUUCGGAUCCGAUUGACCUUGCUCCGGAGCUUGUGCAUCUUGUUGCUUCGGGGAAGGUGAGGCCCGGGUUUAUCGUUAGCGAUAUUAUUGAUAUUGAAGAUGCGCCGGAUGCUUAUGCUAGGUUUGAGAGGCAUGAUGCUACUAAGGUUGUGAUAGCGUUUGACUAGUAGAGAGAAUCUUCAUUUGAAGGUGACUAGAUCGAUAUAUAUAUUGGGGUGGUUUGAUGGAUCGGGAGCUCAUAGUGUAAAUAGCAUCAAAUAU